AUGGGUGAUCGGGCUUCGACGCGUCUUCGCAGCCUUACGCUGUUCCCAAAUCUACGCCAUGGCUUCGAACGCCCACGGUCGCAAAGGCCCCGUGAAUUCCCGUACAUCGACGCGGAAGAAGAGCCCAGCGGCCAAGGCGAAGCAAUCGCCAGCUUCUGCUGCUGCUCCGAUGGCCGAGGCAGCUCCCACCGCCGUACAUGGGAAACUCCUUGGCGAAGUCCCGCAGCACCGGAAGCACCAGCGCCACGGCGCCGAAACAGCGAGCCGAGGAGGAGGCAGACACGUUCAAGAAACUCAACGAAUUCGCCCACGCCGCACGUCCGCCCAUUGCACUCUCGCCGUCGCCGAACGACGAAAGACGCCGGUGGCGCGGCAGGUGUGCGGGAGUCGCCGUCGUGCUGCUGGGCGUCGCCGUCCUCGCCGUCGCGCGCGGCGACCCGCGGCGCCGAUGCCGGCGUGUGCAUCACGAAAGGGUGCGUGGACCACACGGAGAACCUGGGCCUGCACCGCAAAGGGAGCUCCGUCGGACCCUGCGAGGACUUUGGCAAGUUCGUCUGCUCCCACUGGAUCGAAAACGAGAUCAAGGUGGUGCCGUCGGUGACCGUCCAUCGCAUGGGCAAGUGGCUGUACAAUCUGGCGCGCUCCCGAUUGUACGAAGACAGCGGCAACAGUGUCGCGGCGAGGGUGACGCGUCUCGUAGACGCCUGCAUGCGUCGGGAAUCCCAGACCGGCAACCACCACGACGACGACGUCCAGCAGCUCUUCGACUUCAUGACCGAAAAACUCUUCCCGUGGAUGCUGCACGACACCAACAGCAGCGGCGACGGCGAUCGGACACGAAACGACGGCCACCGGAUACGAGACGACGGCCACCGGAUACGAGACGACGGCGACUACGCCUUCACGCUUGCGACCAUCGUCAAUAUGUCCGUGGUCUGGUGGCGCGAACCAUCAAUACGCUCACGCUCCUGCUCGACGGCGAACGUACACCGUCGGCGUGGGUUCCUCCAACCAACGCGACCGACGCCAGCGGGACUCCAGGGCAGCAUAUAAAAAAAACUGGGCGGACGCGCCUCCUCUGACGCGUCCGCCCAGUUGACGUCACUCUACCCCGUACUUCCGGCGCUGGAAAUCGCGCACGACGCCUACCGGCGGUUCCGCAACGUCGCGGAGGACGUGCCCCUCAGGGGGCUGGAGGCCUACAGCGCCGAGCAGGUCUUCUUCCUGACGGCCUGUCACGUGACCUGCUGGAGGAACAGCGCGGGGCACCGCACGUCGCCGGAGUGCACCGACGCCAUGAGCCACUUCGCGCCAUUCGCCGAUGCCUUCGAUUGUCCGGCCGGUUCGCCCAUGAACCCGCACGACAGGUGCCGGUUUUUUUGAAGUGCCCACCCGAUCUCUGAAACGAUCGAUGAACGCUGGAAGAAAAAAAAGUACUUUUCUCGCUUCGCUUUUUUCUUUCCUCCUUGCAUUUUGCCAACGCCGUGCUCUGUAGUUCUCGCUUAUCGUUUUCCUUCAUCAAAAGUCCGCGAAACUGCUGGCCACGUCGUGUUAGACUAUCCGCACGUUGAAGCUUUGAAGAUACUAUGUUAACAAGCGGUACAGUGACAAUUAUGCGGCGUUGCUAUAGUUACUUCACGACAUAAGGCUGCUAGAUAAGGCGGCUACAUAAGGCGAUAGAGCCAGCCACGCUAGCCUCCUUGGAAGUUUAUGCCCAAGCAUCGGUACAAUAUAUAUUGGAAGCAAGAUUAUACAAGAUGCAACGCCAUAAAAUACCAGUACAUCUAAGAAACACCGAUCCUUUGUAUGUACCACGUUUUCGCACUGAAUACAAAUUACAAUCGAUUAAAAACAAUUUACAAAAAUUCCUUAAUUACGCCAACACUGCUCAUUUUUCUCGCAGGGAAUUGAAGAUGUUCAAAUGUAAAUACAUAUAUUUCAUGCAUAACGAUUCUAAUUGUGUCGUGCCCUUUGAUUUCUUAUCAGAGAUGUUUGAAUGUUAUCUGUCUCUGCAUCGCAAGACAAUUAUCCUGUCAAUAGGCUUAUAUUUGAAAUGUUACAAUUGUUUCUGUGUGGGUCGAACUGCUUUUGAACUAUGUGAUGUUACAAAGUACUCUCUGUUAUCGUCCUGC